CGCCGCUGCCGCCGCCGCCGCCGCCGCCGCAUCCCGGCUCUGGGGCGGCGCUGACAGUCUGGUCCGCGCCGGGCAGCGGGCGCACAGCGGGCAGGGCGGCCGGCAGGCACGGAGGCAGAGCUCCGCGCGCGCCCCGGCCCGCGCCCCGCGCCGCGCCGCAGCCCGCCCGCGGGCGCCCACCUGCCGCCCCGACGGGAGGCCCCCCGCGGCCGCAGCCGCUGCCCCGGGCCGGGCGCCCGCGGCGGCACCAUGAGCCCCCGCUCGUGCCUGCGUUCGCUGCGCCUCCUCGUCUUCGCCGUCUUCUCGGCCGCCGCGAGCAACUGGCUGUACCUGGCCAAGCUGUCGUCGGUGGGGAGCAUCUCCGAGGAGGAGACGUGCGAGAAGCUCAAGGGCCUGAUCCAGCGGCAGGUGCAGAUGUGCAAGCGCAACCUGGAGGUGAUGGACUCGGUGCGCCGCGGCGCGCAGCUGGCCAUCGAGGAGUGCCAGUACCAGUUCCGGAACCGGCGCUGGAACUGCUCCACGCUCGACUCCCUGCCCGUCUUCGGCAAGGUGGUGACGCAAGGGACUCGGGAGGCGGCCUUCGUGUACGCAGUGUCCUCUGCAGGGGUGGCCUUCGCGGUGACACGGGCGUGCAGCAGCGGGGAGCUGGAGAAGUGCGGCUGUGACCGCACGGUGCACGGGGUCAGCCCCCAGGGCUUCCAGUGGUCGGGAUGCUCGGACAACAUCGCCUACGGCGUGGCCUUCUCGCAGUCCUUCGUGGACGUGCGGGAGAGGAGCAAGGGUGCCUCGUCCAGCCGGGCGCUCAUGAACCUCCAUAACAACGAGGCCGGCAGAAAGGCCAUCCUGUCACACAUGCGGGUGGAGUGCAAGUGCCACGGGGUGUCGGGCUCCUGCGAGGUGAAGACGUGCUGGCGGGCGGUGCCGCCCUUCCGCCAGGUGGGCCACGCGCUGAAGGAGAAGUUCGACGGCGCCACCGAGGUGGAGCCACGCCGGGUGGGCUCCUCCAGGGCCCUGGUGCCGCGCAACGCGCAGUUCAAGCCGCACACGGACGAGGACCUGGUGUACCUGGAGCCCAGCCCGGACUUCUGCGAGCAGGACUUACGCAGCGGCGUGCUGGGCACGAGGGGCCGCACCUGCAACAAGACGUCCAAGGCCAUCGACGGCUGCGAGCUGCUGUGCUGCGGCCGCGGCUUCCACACGGCGCAGGUGGAGCUGGCGGAACGCUGCAGCUGCAAAUUCCACUGGUGCUGCUUCGUCAAGUGCCGCCAGUGCCAGCGGCUGGUGGAGCUGCACACGUGCCGGUGACUGCCGCCGGCCCAGUGCCCGGGAAGGCCAGUAAUUUAAACAGUGUCCCACCAGCUACCCCAAGAGAUACUGGUUGUAUUUUUGUUUUGGUUUGGUUUUUGGGUCCUCAUGUUAUUUAUUGCCGAGAUGAGGCAGGCAACCCCAAGGGCACCGACUGGGGCCUCCCCAAAGCCUGAGCCUUCGUGGCUGCCGCUGACCAAAGGGACCGUGUUCGUGCCCCUGGCUGUCCACACAUGGCCGCUGCUGACCACUCGGUUACCUGUGUCCGCCUGGCUCCUUGCAGACUGAAGGUGGCUAACACGGAGUGCACCAGCCCUGCCCGCCAGUGGGGAGGACAGGCCCCCUCCUGCCUGGAAGAGGGCUCACGACUGUCCACCCCACACUGGCAUGGAGAGCCCUGGAAAGGGAACGGCGGAUGGCAGGUCAAGGGCGGCGGGUCACUUGAGCCCUCACCUGAGCACCUGUCUAAUCUCCGUGGGACCUUCCAGCAAGCUAGAGCAGGCGGGAUGAGGGCGGGAGAAGGCCACAGCCCCUGCUCGGACGCCAGCCUGUCCCAGCUGCCCCUUGGGAGGGGACAAUGCCAACCUCCCCUUCCAGUCCUUCUCGACAGGAGCGUGGGCUGCCAUCCUGGCUCAGAGCACAGCAGCCACAGCCCUAAGUCACCGCCUCACGGUGACUCUGGGAGGGAACACACACACACACACACACAUGCACACGCACAGAGGGAAGGGCUGUACAAAAGUCCUGUCCCAUGAUGUCACUCAUUUCAUACAACUCACUGAGCACCAUCCGUGCCAUGUCCCCUGGUGAUCACAACAGUCUGAAGGCAGACGAAACAGGGGUGAGUGCUUCUCUUCCAGCAGUGGGGGCAGUGCAGGCCGGGCCCCAGCAGCUGAGUGGAGAGCCGCAGACACCCCCUACUCAGAGGCGGGCACUGCAGGUCUCCGUGGGGCCGGGCUUUGGGGAGGGGACUCCAGCUGGAGGAAAGGGGGCAGGGAAGCAGCAGGAGCCAGAGACCACAGGAUGAGCUGGCCAUGCUGUUCCAGAGGGUGGAACAGGCUUGGAGGGAAGAGGGGAACAGCUGGAAGGCUGGUGAGGCCUCAGCCGCUGAGGACGCCCUCAUACUGGAACCUGUAGGCCGCCGAGGCCUGGGGCACCAUGGGGACUGCCAGACUCCAAGUCCAGGCCUGACACUGAAUAUCAUCGGGAGCCCCAGCUUUCCCAAGCAAGACUGGCCCUGGACCCAGCUGCUUCUCAGCUGGACUCCCAACCACCAGAGGAAUCUCCCAUCAGCAGUCACCAAGUGGCCCCACGCUGGGGCCCCAGGCUCCAGGUUGAUGGUCUGCCGUCCGGACCCCCCCAGGGGUUCCAGACUCCAAGCUCUUGCCUCCUGGGUUCAGUACUGAAUCCCAAGUUCCAGAUUUGUGGGCUUCGGCCUGCAGAAGCUCCCCAGGCCUUGUGGUCCGUGCCUCCUGCCACUGGCUCCCUCACCAGGAAGGUCGACCGCUUUGGCCCCCAGCCAAGCUCUCUGCUCAACGUCCAUCCGAGGAGGCCAAAACCAAGUGGGAUGCUUGAGCCACAUUUGAAUGGGGGGUAAUCUCGGGGCAGGCCGGCCCUCAUGGGGAUGAAAGCUGAGCCGACUCAGUGUCCCCACAGCUGUGCAGCUAGGCUCAGCUCCCUCGCUGGCAGACAGAGAGAGCGUGGGGACCCCUCCCUUCAGAGACAAGGCAGAGCCAUUCUCCCCGACCCAGGGGACCGAGGGCACUUCCCCAGGACCAAGUAAGAAGGGCUGUGCCCUCUGCCCGCCAGGGAGCUCCUCAAGGCUGACCCUCCUGGGGUUCUGAGGGCCAGGACCCCGGUCUGAGAUGCUGGGAGUCACUGCCAGCACACCACCACUGCUGAGGUCAAGGGCAUCCACAGCCACAGGAGGGUGUUUCCUUGGACACGCCCAGCCCCAGACUGUCCGUCUGAAAACAAGAGGGACUCGUGUACACCUGACAGCCCGCCCACCCUCGGUCCCACAGGGGCCUGGAAACUGGCCGCAGGGGCUACGUCCUGCCCAAACCGCCUUCCACUGGUCUUGUCCCAAGGCAAAGGCGAUGUCCUCUGAGGCCUGCGUCUGGGUGAACCCCAGCUCUGGAUGCUGCUACCCCACGCUGCGGCCCCCACCCCACCCCACCCCCAGUUUUUAUACUAGGCUCCUUGCCACUGUGACAGCCCAUGACAUAGUCUGAUGCACGAUAAAAUGAUUAUUUCUUUA